UCUCUACUUAUCUCCUUUUGGCGCGGAUAUGCGUAAUGCGAGAUUAUAUUAGCAUAUAUCGUAGGGAAAGUAUCGGCUGCUGAAUUCCUGCUUUAUAGUAGAGGCUGUAAUUUACGUGCGGCAUUAAAUACUUGUGCGAUCGAUACUUCUCAUAUAUUAAGCGGAAAUUGGUAUUUGGAACAAUGUAUCUGUUCUGGAAGAACGCGAUACUUUCGUUGAUGCAUCACUUUCAAACAUCGAUCUCCUCUAAUAGCUGCAUCUGUGUGGUAUCAAACUUACGAGGCCGUUUUCAUGGUAUCGAGGAGAGAACAUGACAAGGUAUCGCUCUCAAGUAGCGAUAAACCAACGAAAGGGGCAGUCGAAAGUAUCGAUACUCGCACGCUCGUACUCGGCUGGUAAAAGCAUCGAGUAUCGAUACUCAGCCACGACUAACUUCGCCGGCAGCUCCGACUGGUCGAGUGUCGAUAUUCGUAUACUCCUACUCGACCGAUAAGAACAUCGAGCAUCGAUAUUUCUAGGUGUUACUGGUGACGACAUUCGUGCUGCCUUGUAAAGUGAAAAACGAUAGGUUAAGUGUGAAAUUCGUGUCUGCGGACGAAGAUGGAAAUCUAAGAAAUUUAGGAAGAAAAGGGGAAGAAACGACUAUUUGUUGCUACAUCAGAGCCACCACGAAUAUGCCGUAUAAGAGUAAGAUGUGGUUCUACUUUAAGAGAAUAGACGAGGCUACAGUGUCGUGUAACUUGUGCAAUAAACACAUCAAGUCCUCCGGCAAUACGUCUAAUAUGAUGAAACAUUUGAAUAUGCACAAUAAAAGUGCCAGUGCAGACAAGAAGGAUGACAAACCUGAAAAACUCAAGUCAAAGAAGAGGAAGAGAUCCACUGAACAUAUAUUUGACAAUCAUUGGCUGGAAUUUGAAAACACUACUGACAACACUACUGAUGCUUCGAAUCCUGGGACAAGUUAUGAGGCUGAAGAUGAGGAAAAAUUUAUCGAUGUAUCAAUGAAUACAUCGCCUAUAGUUGCAGCUAUUGAAAGGAUAUCCAGCUAUUCUGAUGACGAGGAUCGCCAUAUGCAGAUAUCGGAUGCUAUCCUUUACUUCAUCUGUAUUGACAAUCAGCCAUUUAGCACUAUCCAAUGUAAGGGAUUCAAGCACCUGAUGAACGAGCUUGCGCCGCUUUACAAAAUACCUAGUAAGGACACAAUCAAGAAGAGACUAGACGAAAAAUACGAAUCAGUGGCGCAGGUAUUCAGGCAAAAGCUGAAUGAAACACCAUACGUGACCAUUACUACCGACGUUUGGACUGAGACAGUGUUCUUUAAGAACUACUUGGGACUGACAGUACACUUCGUAGCGAACGACAGUAGAAAACUGGAGUCGUGCAACAUCGAGGUCAUCGAGUUGCCCGAAUACACAGAAGAGUACAUAGGGUGCGCUCUGUUGAGCGCCCUGAUGAAAUGGAACAUUGCUAUCGGCAAAAUCGCCGCAGUUGUGACGAAUGACGAGCCAAACAUAGUCUCCGCGGUCACGCAGACCUUCGGUAAAGACAAGCAUAUAGUCUGUUUCGCUCAUACCAUCAACUUGGUAGUGGAGAAUUCCAUAAAGAAGUGCGAAGGCCUCGGUAACGUCAUCGACCAAGUGAGAAGGAUCGUGAAAAUCAUGAGGAGCAACCCCUACCUAAGCAACGAGCUGCAUCAUCGCCUAACUGACGCAGAUGCACCUGAGGACGAGACCAAGAAGCUCACCUUGGACAUCAAAGCGAAGUGGCACACCACAUUCUGCAUGAUCGAACGAUUCCUCGAAUCGUGGAAUGUGAUCGAUGAGAUCCUGUACGUGAGUCGCAAGACUCCCGAGAAACCCACCGACGAGGAAUUGGCCACGCUGAAGGAGAUUCUGGAUCUAUUAAGGCCGUUGGAAUUCGUGGUGCAAGAAUGCUCGGCCGAGAAGUAUAUCGCGGUUUCGAAGGUGAUACCGCUCAUCAACUGCAUCCUGACUGAGUACAAGAAGAUCACGCAAACGAAGCAAUUGUCAACGAGGCUGAAGGAGAUCAUCCUCACGGAAUUGGAAAGGAGAUUUGGCCACAUAGAGUGUAUCAGUUCGGUCUCCCUCGCCACGAUACUCGAUCCCCGUUUCAAGAACAUACACUUCCAGAACGCACAGGCUCUGUCCGACGCUAUGUACCUGUUGCGCGACACGAUCGGCAAGCUGUCCAACGCGAGCUCAUUCGGCGAGUCCGACGCCGAGCAGGAGGACACCAAAUACGACCUCUGGAUUCACCACAGACUCUUGGCGCACAAGCCGAAGGAGGAGGGUGACGGCGUGUCUCUGAAGGACGAGUUGUCCCUGUACCUGGCCAGUCCGCUCGCCUCUCUAAAGGACGUCCCUCUGGAGAAGUGGGAGAGCAUGAGAACGCUGUAUCCUACGUUGUACAAAGUGGCGGUCAAGUACUUGUCGAUCGUCGCCACGUCCGAUCCCGCGGGUACCCUGUUCUCGAAAGCGGGAGUCACGAGCGUACGAUGGAGGAACCAACUGACCGACGAGAGAUUGCACAAGCUGCUAUUCCUGAACUCGGUGGAUUCGGAAUACUGGUUUUAGCGAGUGAUUAAUGGAAAAACCGAUCUACCACUUUGUUAUUCAUGACGAUGACGGGCCAGAGGAACGCGAGCAACCGGUGGAUCGGCUCCAAUCUUCGGAUAAUUACCCUAUACGUAUUCUCCCCACCAGCCGCGACGCUGAUUGAUCUUGUCCCACAGGACAGAAGAUAUCUCUCGCAAUGCCUUUAUGUACAAAAAUAGUUAUUGUUAUGACAGUUACAUGUCAAUAGAACGCAGUGUAACAUUAUUUUUCUAGUAAAGAGUUGACGUUUUCAUCAUA